UGCGCCGUGACGUCAUUUUUCAUCUGUUCGGCGAUUACGUGUAGCUCACAAACUACGCUGGUUAGCUUGACAGAUGUAAGAGAAACAACUGGGUGACUAUCGCAACGACACUUUUUCUCGAGCGGCCAAGGCAAACUCAUCUGGCAUGAUAAAACCUCGCCAGCUAAAUUCGGGGUUGUUUAGAUUUAGCAGAAUGGCAAUACUAAUCUGUUCUUCAUCUGAGGGGUGCUGCCGAAGAACGUCUUUUUGUUACGCAAAAAAACAAUGAAUUCUAUCUACUGUAUGGUGGUCCAUACAUCCUAGAAGCUUCUGUUAAGGAGUUUGCUGCUCGAACAGACAUGUUUGCUAAGUUGAAGAAAAAGAUUGCAGACGAGGCAGCCACGGCCCCGCGUAGCGGGGUUCGUUUACCUCGUACCUUCAGCAAAGAAUCCAUCACCUCAGUGGGGGCAGACUCAGGGGAUGACUUUGCAUCUGAUGGAAGCAGCUCCAGGGAUGACCUGCCUGCCCAGCUGCUCAGAAGGAACUAUCAGAUCCGUAAACUAGAGGCAAAGCUAUCAGACUAUGCUGAGCAGCUGCGAGUAAUGCAGAAGACCAAGGAGAAGCUUGAAAUUGCAUUAGAAAACCAUCAGGAUUGUACGUACCUCUCCUCUCGCUCCCCUCCUACCACUUCCAUAAAAAAACUUCAAGAGCAGAAUGAGUUUCACCAGGCGAACAAAGCCAAAAUGGAAGAGGGGAUGACUCUAGCACUGGACAAAAAGGAUCAGGAAUGGAUGAGGAAACUGGCCGUUGUGGAAAAAGAAAAGGCUGCCUUAUCAGCAAGACUGGACGAAAUGAUGGAGCAAAGCUUGACACUAUUUCAGAAGCGGGAUGAUAUGGAUGAAUUUGAAGGUUUCCAGCAACAGGAACUUGCUAAAGUCAAACACAUGUUGCUGAGAAAGGAAGAACAGCUCGGCCUGCUUCAGUUGGACCUCCAGCAGCAAGAGACUGAACUCGAUUUAUCAAAGCAAAGACUCUCAGAAACAAAGGGGACACUUCAAGCUUUACAAAAGCAACACGCAGAGAGUUCCAGAUCCAACACUGAGCUGGAAAUAGAGCGAGAGCAACUACUGCUGCUUAGAGAAGAGGCAGACAAGAAAAUUGGAGAGUUAGAGGGACAAAAUCAGAAGCUAAAGUUGGUCAACCAGCAAGUCUCGGCAGACUUGCAGAAGUCACAGAGUAUGGUGUCCUCUUCUGAGUGCCUCUUCCAAGAUCUUCAGACUGAGUAUAAUGCCCUAAAGUUGAAACAACAAAAGGCUGCUGUUAAAGAGGAGGACAAGGAGCAUUUGUUGAGGGACCUUCAAACAAAAGUAAACUCCUUAGAGAGGCAAUUGCAAGGAAACCUGAGCCAGGACGAUCAUCUACUUGAGCUUGUUCAAGAGAGAUCCAGUCUUGAGCAAAGACUGAGAGAGACAAGAGCAGAACUAACAGAACUUCGGACAAACCACACUGAAACAGUCAGCUCUUUGGAGGCACAGAUAUCCAAAAUGACAUGCAGCAUUGCAGAGCUGCAAACACUUCUCCGACAUAAAGAUGAAUCUUCAAAGUCCUACCGAGAGAGAACAGACACGCAAAUAGCAACCCUGGAGCAGCAAGUCCAAAGCAGUUGUGAUCGACUGAAGAGUGCAGAGCAGCAGCUUGAAGUGAAAAAACAGGAGACAGAAAAACUGCACGGAGAGUGGAGUGCAGAGAAGGCUCGUUUGGAUCAGCAGUUGUCUUUAUUGAUGCAGGAGAGUAUGGAAAAGAAAAAAAGACUGGAGGACACUAUCACUACUUUACACACAGACAAAAGUACAAUGCAAGACACAAUGGCUGACCUAGAAAGGCAAAGAGAUCAGUUAAAUUCAACACUGAGACAGCAGAUGGAAGAGUUACAACAAUGCAAGGUGGAAUUAGAUGGCCAGCAGACAGUAAGCACUGAAAUCGCCAAAGCUCUAGAAGAAAGUAGGAGGCAGAGAGAGGAACUACAAAAACAGGUUGAACUGUCGACCACAUCGCUAGAGAGAUCACAAAAGGAAUUGUCUACGGUCAGUGAGAAGCUGAUGUCGAGAGAAAAAGAAGUCCAAAGUCUUCGUGAUGAAGUACAGAGUCGCCAAGCUUCGCUGGUCCAGCUCCGUCAAGAAUUUGAGGAGCUGCGGGUACAACAGGAGCAGAUUGAGCUGGACAAAGACUCCCAGCUAGCUCACUUGAGAGAAGAGCUACUCGACCAGACCCAACAACAAGACACUUGUCAGGCUCGGAUCUCAUAUUUAGAGGUGGAGGUAGAGACUCUGACUGAGCAGCUUCACAGCCCUUCUGUGUGCAAGGAGGACCACAAUGGCAGCGUGAAUGUGGAUGAUCUCGAUCACAUUCAGAAGGUUAACAAAGACCUCGAGCAGCAGCUCGGUGACAAGAACAGGACUAUCAAACAACUGCAGCAACGAAUGGCAGAACUAAAAAGGACAUUGCAGAAAGAACUGAAGUUGAAGCCUGAGCCAGAAGAGGAAACGAAGGAAAAGAUAACAGAAAGUUUAGUGGUAAAACAAGAAACCGUAUGUGCAGAACCCCCGGCCGUGUCUAGUCCAAGCCUUUCCACUGCAAGCACCACAGUGACCAACACCUCAAACCUUAACGACUCAAGAGAAAUCAACUUUGAAUACUUGAAACAUGUAGUUCUCAAAUUCAUGUCAUCUGGAGACGCUGAGGCAUAUCAGCUAAUACGAGCUGUGUCGGUGUUGCUGAGCUUCACUCGUGAAGAGGAGGACAUGUUAAAAGAAACCCUUGAGUAUAAAAUGUCCUGGUUUGGAUCCAAGCCUUCUCCAAAGGGAAUUAUCCGGCCCUCAGUCUCAGGCUCUUCUACCCGGAGGUGAUAGGCUACGAGGACUACGAGGAAGGCAAUGAUCAAGAGACAGAAAUAAGAGGACAACCAUCAAGAGGAAAUGACAUAUUUGUGUGUGGCUCCAAAUAUUUACUUGGAAGCUCACUCCAAAACUUUAAGCAGCAUCCUGCUGAUACACUAAAAUAUCUGUGGCUCGGUGGGACAAGGACUGUUGUUUUAAUCUCUUUUCAGGAGAAGGGCUGCAUGGAUAUUUUUUUUUUGUAAUCAGUUGUUGAUUUUAAAAAAAUGACACUAUCGAGUUCAAAGCCAGUGGCAUUGUUAAAGACACAUUUACACUGGAAGUGGAGUUGUCUUGUUUUUUAUUUGCACAACAUGCCUACUGUACUUUAUUUGCAUUAAGGGAAGGGCCCAAGUUUUUCUCAGAUCAACUGGGCAGUCUAGGUCUCCUGAUGGAUCUUAUUUAAGAUCUUUGUAAAAGUCCAUGAUCUAAUAAUUUUAUCUCAGUUCUGCAAGGUAUUAAAACAGACUGAAAAGCAGGACUGAAGAACAUACGCUUUGUAGACACCUGGCUUCAGAAAAGAUCCUUUUAACACAACCUAAGAAUUUCCCCUUUCAAUGUCAAUGAGACGACAAAAACUUUGACGAAGUUUUUGUUGCUUUGUCUUCGUUCAGUGUGCUUAAACAACAACAAGUACAAGUUUUUAGCUUACGUUACAAUGCCCAGAGUAUCUUCCAGUUCCUGUCCUAAAACAACAUUGCUGUGCUAAAAGCAACAUUCCUACUCACUUAAAUUGGUGCGUGCAUAUUCUUCCUCUUUCAAAAGUUCAAGGGAUGGAACGAGGAGACCAAGUUUGAAUAUGUCGAUGACAUCAAGAUGACUGUGGCAACAAUGCUGCAAAAGAUUUCAAAAAAAUAUCAUAACAGCGUGGCAAAAGAAGGCUGUCGUCUUACUUGGUCUCUGAGGGAUUCCUCGAAAGGGAAAAUCUUAAUGGCUAUUUGUAGUUUGGAUUUUAAAUGUGUGUUUUGUAGAGGUGCACGAUAAUUAUCGGUCCGAUAAUUAUCGGUCCAAUAAUAGGAAUUAUGACGUCAUCCCAAUAAAUCCGAUAACAAAAUGUUAUCGGGCCUAUUAAUAAUAUUUUUGGCACGGUGUCGAAUUGGGAUGUGUGCGUUUGUUUCCGCGCCUGUUUUGUCAGUAUGCAAAGUUUUCUUACUAUUCUAGUGGCCGUAUUUUUCCUUCACUGAGUUAUAAACCUUACUAUGGCAAUUAGCAAAUGUUUGCAUUUUACAGUCUUAUGUUUACAAGUUCUUGAAAGGCCUUUUGGUUAUUGAUAGGCCUGCUGUUCUAUAAUUGCCAGGUUAAGAAAGUUGUUUCAUGGACCAAGAUGACAAGUCUCCUCUCCUGUUGCACCAAAUAUUUUAUAAUAAUAAUAUCUGCUGACAAAGCACAAUACUUGUUGGGUUUAUGUUUGAUAGUUUCAGAUCAGGGCUAAUUGUUCAGGUGAACACAUCAUCAAUGAUAUUGACUGAUUGAUUGUGAUUGACUCAAAUUAUAUUUAUUUGAAAAAAAAUAAUACGGGCACUUUAUCCUAAGUCAAAACUGUUCUUGUCUUUCUUUUGUUCAUUAUAAUAAUGUUCAUGUCAUCGUGAAAAUUGCGGUUCGGUCAAAGGCAAAUCUAUGCUGAAUCAACCAAUAGUAUUUUUGACCUACAGGUGUUCAAAAAGUCAGGUGAAUAUAC